AUGGCGGACCCUGAAAAGAUAGAAGAAGGCCUAGCUCAUGAAGAAAAUAUGGAGAAAAAGGGAGAUAAGCUGGUUGAACAACAACAACAACAACAACAAUUGCAGGAGCAGCAACAGCCAAUCUUGGUUAAGCAAAAGACCAAGAGGGUAGCAACCUUGGAUGCUUUUAGAGGACUCACCAUUGUGUUGAUGAUAUUGGUAGAUGAUGUUGGGGGAUCAUAUGCCAGGAUUGAUCACUCACCAUGGAAUGGAUGCACACUAGCUGACUUUGUGAUGCCAUUUUUUCUGUUCAUUGUUGGGGUGGCCAUUGCCUUAGCUCUCAAGAAAAUUCCCAAGAUAAUGGAUACAAUUAAGAAGAUAUGCUUGAGAACUCUAAAGCUUCUAUUUUGGGGAGUUUUAUUGCAAGGUGGAUACUCCCAUGCGCCAAAUGAUCUUGUUUAUGGAGUAGACAUGAAAUUAAUACGAUGGUGUGGAAUCCUCCAGAGAAUAGCUUUGGUUUACUUCAUUGUGUCCGUGAUCGAGACUUUCACCACCAAGCGUAGACCAACAGUUUUGGAACCUGGCUAUUCAUCCAUUUUCACUGCUUACUGUUGGCAAUGGCUUGGAGGAUUCGUUGCAUUUGUCAUUUACAUGACCACAACAUAUUCACUAUACGUCCCAGAUUGGAGUUUUGUUGUGUCCACAGACAGUAAAAUAACACAAUACACGGUCAAAUGUGGGAUGAGAGGACACUUAGGACCCGCUUGCAAUGCUGUUGGUUAUGUUGAUCGAGAGGUUUGGGGCAUUAAUCAUCUUUACAUGUAUCCAGUCUGGCAACGCCUAAAGGCUUGCACUCAUAGUUCUCCGAGUUCUGGUGAAAUUCGUGAAGAUGCACCGAGCUGGUGCCGAGCUCCAUUCGAACCAGAAGGCUUGCUAAGUUCGAUUUUGGCUAUCCUCUCUGGCACUAUCGGAAUCCAUUACGGACAUGUUUUAAUUCAUUUCAAGGGUCACUCAGAGAGGCUCAAGCAAUGGGUUUCAAUAGCAUUAGGCUUACUUAUUGUAGCCAUCAUUCUUCAUUUUACAGAUGCCAUUCCCAUCAACAAACAGCUUUACAGUUUUAGCUACGUGUGUUUCACUGCUGGUGCAGCCGGGAUUGUAUUUUCAGUAUUCUACAUCCUAAUUGAUGUUUGGGGAUGGAGGACACCAUUCUUAUUCCUGGAAUGGAUAGGCAUGAAUGCAAUGCUUAUAUAUGUGCUUGGGGCACAAGGCAUCCUUCCAGCAUUUGUAAAUGGAUGGUAUUAUAAGUCAACAAACAAUACCCUUGUAAGUUUUUAGAUCCAAAAACAUGUUUUCAACAAUGUUUGGAAGUCAGAGUGAUUAGGGACCCUUUUAUAUGUGAUAUUUGUAGAAAUCACUUUCUACGGAGUUCUUUCGGGCAUCUUACACAAAUUGGGCAUAUAUUGGAAGCUAUAA